UUCAUUCAUUCGUUCACGUUUAAUCGAUAAAAAAUUGUACCUCAAAGAGGUUAUAAAAAUGUGAGAGUUUUCUAUCUCAAAGUAAUUAUCAAGUUAUAGUGAAAUAUAAACCGUAAUAAUGUUGUACGACGAUUUUAAACCGAUUGUGGACUUAGUUUUAAAUAACUGGACAGCGUUACAACUGGCUGUUGAACAUGGAAUGGGUGCACCAGGGGGUGAAAAGACUGCACAACUGAUGGCAGUGUACAUAGCAAGAUAUUGUGUUGAGAAUGUAGUAGACAGAGACGAACUCGUUGAAGUCAUUGAAGAUCUGAUGGACGAGGAGUUUGAGACAGUCUGUCAUGAUGACUCGCCCAAAGAAAUAGCAGUGCUACUACUACAGUUUCUAACUCUCCUCAAAGAAGGUCGGCAUGAUGAGCUCCGAGCUAGGCUAGAUGCAAUGCCCAAAUGUCAGAAAUGGUUGAGCCAGCCCAUACAUGAAUCAGUACCUCCACAAUGCCAUGGCAAUCCCGAUGAUGAUUCAACAUGCAGUAGUGACGAUGAUGAUGACGUGCCUGACAACAAUAUGAAUGGGGCAGCGGCCUCGUCAUCGAAGCCAAGGCAAGAACCAGAACCUAUGGAUGAGGACGGAGACCCUGGGUGGACAGUAGUCAGAUCGAGGAGAAGAAAUUAAAACAAUCGUUUUAAUUAUAUAGGCAAAAUUUUGUUCACAUUUGAGCUGCUAUGAUUAAAAACAUAUCUAGUUUUUACUAUAUAGAUUUAAAGUUACAUUGUAUUACAAGUUCACAUAAUUUUCGUUUCUAUUCUAUUUGUGAUAAGGUGCACAUUUACACGAAGUAGUUUCUUUGCUCAUGUAUCAUUAAAAUAGAGCUCACAGUAUAAACUAAUUAUUUCAAUGUCUAAUUAAUAAGUGUAUGUGGUUAUAUUAGCACAAAUAUUAUAAGCAGCUCAAAUGUGAACAACUAUAGUUGUUGAAUGGUUUUAACAAAUCAUAAAGCUUUCGAUGUAUAAUAUUACGUUUAAUAGGAUUGAUUUGAUACUUAGAAAAUGUUUUAGUGACAUGUUGUAUUAAGGUAAGCGUCAACAGGCACACAACGUACGCAUUGGACGCAUCGCACGCAACGCAUUUUAAUUUGUCUUGUAUAGAACAUACGUCAUACGGAAUGCUGAUGCCAAAAAUCCGAGUGAAAGUGACUUCGGUAAUCCGAUUGCUGAUACUCGCGUCGACAAUCCGAUCGCUGACGAUACCGUGGAUGCAGACUGAAAAAUUAAUCCGUUUGAUGCGAUCCGUUCGAUGCCUGUGUUGCGUACGAUGCGGGUCUGUGGACGCUUACCUUUAGUAAACAUAUUACUAAAUAAAACAUGUCACUUAAGGAGUGGUUUCGCAGCGGGCAUGCGACUCUAUAUGAGAGCUUGUAAAGGUUUUAAAGUACAGACGCCAGCAGGCUUACCUCUUUCUGUCAAAUAUAUCGUUUCAUUAGAUUUUCAACUUUAUCCUUUUGGUGUAAAGUCAAAAAUUCAAUGAAAAUACUUUGCUGGUGUAUGUACCUUAAAAGAAAAGUAAUUUUCAAAGCGUCUCUUUUAAUUAAUUGAUCUGAGUGCUGUUGUAAGUACCUGUAUCGAUAUUAGUAUCAAAUCGACUCUAUUCAUAGGGCCCUAAUGUUUAAUGUCAAGCUCCUAUAGUGGGAACACCUAGAAUUUUUACUAAUGUUGGGGAGAAAAUGAUAUUUUUGUCUUUAUUUUGAACUCAAUCAUAGAAUAUUUAAGAAUGUUCAGAAUAUUUCAAUAUUUUUGCACGUAAUAGUCCCUACCAGGAAGUUGACAGCAAUUACACUUAUGAUUCCAUAAUACUCUACACUUAAUUUUCAUUAGUCUAAAAUUUGAUUUUGCUCAAUACUUUAAUAUUUUUAGCUGUGAAUAUGAAUAUAUUUGACUCUCAAAAAGCUUACAGAACCAACCAAUAUUAUAAUAUUUUUGAUAUUCGUGAGUACUCCAUUUGCUGUCUACUCUGUGGUAUAUCCCGAGUACUUAUAGAAGUACAAUAAAAAAUAUUAUGCUACUUAGGUAAGGGUACCUUUGUAGAUAGAAUGUAUGACAAGUGUGUUGUACCAACACUGUAUUUAAAGUAUUUAUUUUUAAACUACUUAUUAAAUACAUAAAUAAAUAUGUAUAUUAAUGUU